GAGUCGGGCUGGUAUCUUUCAGAUGAAGGAAUUGAGGCUUGCAUAAGUUCUUCGGAAAAAGUUAAUACAAAUGACAUUAUCCUAGUUGCCCUUAAUACAGAUUUAAGAACGAUUGGCAAGAAAUUCCUCCCCAGUGACAUCAAUGGUGGAAAGGUGGAAAAGCUGGAAGGGCCGUGUGUUCUGCAAAUACAGAAAAUACGCAAUGUUGCUGCACCAAAGGAUAACGAAGAAUCUCAGGCUGCUCCCAGAAUGUUACGUUUACAGAUGACCGAUGGACACACAAGCUGCACAGCUGUGGAAUACAGUAGCAUGUCAAAAAUAAGCCUGAACACACCACCUGGAACAAAAAUUAAGCUUUCAGGAAUUGUUGAAGUGAGAAAUGGAUUCUUGCUGUUGGAUGACAGUAACACAGCAGUUCUCGGAGGUGAAGUGGAGCAUCUUAUAGAAAAGUGGGAAUUACAAAGGAGUUUAGCAAAACACAAUAGGAGUAACAUUGGAACGGAAGGUGGCCCUCCCCCUUUUGUACCUUUUGGACAGAAAUGUGGGUCUCACAUGCAGGUGGAUAGCAGAGAGCUUGAUCACAGGAAGACCCUGCAAAUGCCAAAUACUGUAAAAACUGUUGUGGACAAUGAUGAAUUUGAAAAACAGAGAACAGCUGCUAUUGCAGAAGUAGCAAAGAGCAAAGAGACCAAGACAUUUGGAGGAGGCGGUGGUAGUAACAGGAGUAAUCUCAGUGUGAGUGCUGGAGGGAAUCGAAACAGGGAACUGUUCCAGAAAGAGAAGAUAACAAAACCUGAGGGAAAGAAUGAAGGUGUCUACCGAGAACUGGUUGAUGAAAAGGCCCUAAAACACAUAACAGAGAUGGGUUUCAGCAAAGAAGCAGCAAGACAGGCACUUAUGGAUAACAGCAACAGCCUAGAGGCAGCAUUAAAUUUUCUUCUUAACAGCAGUAAACAAAAACCCGUUCAGGGACCACCACCUAGAGGUAAAGGGAAGGGCCGAGGCCGAAUAAGACCUGAAGAUGAAGAAGAGCUGGGAAAUGCCAGACCAUCUGCACCAAGCACACUGUUUGAUUUCUUGGAAUCCAAAAUGGGUACUCUUACAGUGGAGGAACCGAAAUUGCAAUUUCACCCGCCACAUCAAGUACAGCACAAAGUUCUGAAUACCGAACAGAAUGGCAUCAAAGACAAUCAUUCAAGACACGUUUCUCGCAAUGACAUGAGACAGUCCAGGAAUGAGAAACCCCCUCGUUUUCAAAAGGAUAUUCAAAAUUCACGCCAGGCUUUGGAAAGUGGUGGGUUACCAAGAAACAGAGGUCCUGAAAGGCACAACUCUUUAGAACAUUGGACAGAUGAAAAAAAUAAAAGUGACAGACAUUAUCCUAGAAAUGACAGGCCAAAGGAUAUGGGUUAUCCCAUAGCUACUCACCAGAGUGAGAUGACUUUCAAAAAAAGAGAUAACAACAUGCAAAACAGAGUAGGAAAAGGGGUAUGUUUCACAGAAUUCAAGGAGAAUUCUGUUGCUCAAGAUAUUGCAGAGAACAAUAACCAGAAACGUGGGAAAAGGGAAAACCAAAUACACAAUUCUGAAAACUUCUGUGACAGGAAGGCACGAACAAUAAGUAGUGAGGCUUUUAUGGUAAAAAGCGAGCAGCAUUUUGGUGUUAAUAAUGAUUACCAAAAUCGUAGCAGAACUGAUAAUUUUAGUGCUGUACCAAAUGGAGAUACCGAGCAUCAUCAGAAAGGAAGACGAGUAGGACCGAUCAAAUCAUCAGGACCCACUGCCAUCCCAGCUUUUGAUGAUAAAAUGUUGUAUUACAACACUGGUCCCAAAAGGAGAUCAGGGCCCAUCAAACCGGAGAAAAUAUUAGAACCAUCAGUUCACAUGGAGUACGGAAAAAGUUGGAGACCAGGGGAUGAAUGCUUUGCUCUUUACUGGGAGGACAACAAGUUCUACCGGGCAGAAAUUGAAGCUCUCCAUUCUUCUGGGACAACUGCUGUUGUUAAAUUCUGUGAUUAUGGAAAUUACGAAGAGGUGCUUCUCAGCAACAUCAGGCCUGUUCAUGCAGAUACAUGGGAGGAGGAGGAGGAAACAUAUGAGCAAACUCUGGAAUUCCGCAGAGGAGGUGAUGGUCAACCGAGACGUUCCACACGACCUACUCAACAAUUUUAUCAACCCCCAAGAGCUAGAAACUGAGUAAUAGGAAAUAAAAGAAACCUUCUCAAGAUGGGCGAAAUUCACUGGCAGCUCUAACUUGCUGAAGACUUCUAGAAGAAAUUCUGGCUUUUUCCAAGCAACAGGAUGGAACAAUGAAAGCUCAUGUGAGCAGAAGGAAUUAGGACCUGACACCACAAGAGACUUUUUUAAAAGUUCUUAGAUACAUGAAGCUAAAUACUUUUUACAUACAAAAGGGGCAAAUUGUCAUUGCUGCCAUCAA